AUGGUGGAUGUUCCCUUACUAACUCAUAUAUCUGAAACUACAGACUGCAGCUCAUCUUCCUGCCAGGCAUCAUCUGCUUCAGACGAUUCUGUACCUGAAGGCUAUUUAAUCUUGACAUUCGAUAAAAUGAAGAAAGCUGUUUUAAAAACUGCUGUGUUAGCAGAUGUUUCGGAUCCUAGAUUUGCAGAUGAUUACGAAGAUGAUGAUGAAGAGGAAAGUAAUGAUAAUUGUUGGCCACUUUAUGAGUCCAAGUUAGCUGUUCGCCAACAGGAAAGUGAUGGCGUACUUGAAAAUGAAGUUACUGAUGCCAAAGGUUUUUUGUCGAAACCUCUUGUUAUUUCUACGGAUGCAGCUGACAAAACUUCAUCUUAUACUCCAUGUUACGGCGAAGCCUUUUGGGUUGGUGAAGAUGAGCUGAACGCAAAACAAAAUACCACAAGUUCUUGGGAUCUAUCGCCUGGUAACAAAGCAUCCCAAAGUUUAAUACGUAGUAGUCCUUUGACGUGUGAUACUCAUUCAGUGACUCCGACUUCAACUUUACAGUCAUCUACUGAAAGCUGGUCUUUGAGCACACCUCAGUCAACAAUAACUGGACUAACAGGCACUUUCCCUUAUAACAAAGCUACAUAUACAAAUAAUAAUCUUGCCAGAAAAUACAACCAUAACACUUUUUCUUCGCACUUCCAGCCUAAAUGGCCUAAAGCAUUUAAUGUCCAUUUAGGUGAUCAUUCUAAGAAGAUGCUCAGGUGUGACCAAUGUGGUAAAUAUUACCGUAAUGAUUAUAGCCUACAUCAUCAUAUUUGCUUAAAGCGCAAAGAUGUGUGGAAGAAAGGUGAUGUGCCUUCUGAAAUGAUUGAUGGUCAAGUUAUGUAUUUUUGUCCCAGUUGCCGUAAGCCUUUUAAAUGGCUUGGUAACCUUACACGACAUUUUUAUGUGCAUACAGGUCAAAGAUUCUUUCGGUGUGAUAUUUGUUCUAAAGAAUUUUUCUCUGUUUACCAAGUUAAAAGACAUAUGAAUUCACAUACAGGUGUCCGUUUCAAAUGUGAAGUAUGUGACAAACCUUUUACAUGUAAAUACGCCUGUGUUUGUCAUGCUAGACAACAUUAUGCUUAUUCAUUAAAAUAA